UUUACGUCGUGUUCGCCUUGUCAAGUUGACAAGUUCGAUCCCAGCCAAGCUAAAAUAUUCCCUUCCUUUCACUUUUCUUCAUUUAAAAAUAAUCAAACGUCGCAUUUGUUCUAUUUUGCUUGUACCAUGUAGUACCCCAAGCACUCCCGCUAUGAUUAUAACGCGUGUCGUCCAAAAUUCAAGCGUCCAGAGCCUUUUUCGAAGGUUGUCCGUGUCAAAUGGAGAUUUGCAUAUUUCAAACAACUUUCACGCUACUGCUUCCACACUUCCCAGAUUACUCGACUACGAGAAAAAACCAACAUUGAAACCACGAGUAAGGUCAAUGUCAUUGGGCCGAAAAGUCGACAAUAUCCUCGUUAGAACAAUGUCAAACGAAGCAAACACCUCAAGUUCGCCCAAAACAAACCGUCUGGCGUUGGAAAAGUCCCCGUAUUUGCUACAACACGCCACCAACCCCGUCGAUUGGUAUCCCUGGGGACAAGAGGCCUUCGAGCGCGCCAAAAAAGAAAACAAAUUGAUUUUCCUCUCAGUAGGCUAUUCCACCUGUCACUGGUGUCACGUGAUGGAGAAAGAGUCCUUUGAGAAUGAAGAAGUUGCAAAAAUCAUGAACCAACACUUUGUCAAUGUUAAAGUGGACCGUGAGGAGCGCCCCGAUGUUGAUAAACUUUAUAUGGCUUUUAUUCAGGCUAGUGUUGGGGGUGGGGGUUGGCCAAUGUCGGUGUUUCUCACCCCCACGCUUGAACCUCUAGCGGGUGGUACGUACUUCCCCCCCGAAGACAGGUAUGGCCGACCAGGCUUCAAAAGUGUCUUAAAAUCAAUCGCCGAACAGUGGCGUACCAAACAAACGGCGAUCGCCAACUCGGGGAAGUACUCACUUGAAGUUUUGCGUAAAGUAAGCCAACGGGAGAUUUCUUCCAAGCAGGAUAUCAAUGUUCCUGGUGAAGAUGUCUGGAAGAAGUGUCUUCUCCAGUUGUCACACUCGUACGAAGACGAUUUUGGGGGAUUUUCAGCCCAGCCGAAAUUCCCCCAACCUUGCAAUUUCAAUUUUUUGUUUCACAUGUAUGCGAGAGAUAAACACUCGGAACAGGGGUUUAGAUGCCUCCAUAUGUGUUUACAAACGCUUAGGAAAAUGGCAUAUGGGGGGAUUCAUGACCAUGUCAAUUGUGGGUUUGCAAGGUAUUCGGUGGAUGACCGAUGGCAUGUCCCCCAUUUUGAGAAAAUGCUCUACGAUCAGGCCCAAUUGGCCGUUUCGUAUGCCGAUGCGUUUGUGGUUACAAAAGAUGAUUUUUUCGCUGAAGUUCUCCGAGAUAUCCUCUUGUAUGUUUCGAGGGAUUUGAGUCAUCCGCUAGGGGGGUUUUAUGGAGCGGAAGAUGCCGAUUCAUACCCUUAUAAAGGUGCCCCCCAUAAGCGCGAGGGUGCGUUUUGUGUGUGGGAGUACGAUGAAAUUUGUAAACAUCUCGGAGAGACUAAAACAAAAAAUAUAUCGCAUUGCGAUUUAUUCAUUUAUCACUACAAUGUCAAAAAAGACGGAAAUGUUAAUCCAGCACAAGACCCACAUCAUGAAUUGGAGAAGAAGAACGUUUUGGUUUGUUUCGGGUCGUUUGAAGACACUUCGAGAAACUUUAAGACGUCAGUUGAAACGGUUAAAGAAAUUUUGAACAAGUGUCAUGAAAUCUUGUAUAAGGAGAGACAAAAAAAGCCUAAACCGCACGUGGAUACUAAAAUCGUAACCUCCUGGAACGGUUUAAUGAUCUCCGGAUUUGCCAAAGCCGGUUUUGUUCUUAAAGAUCAAGAGUACAUAAAUCGGGCCAUCUUGGCUGCCACUUUUAUUAAAAAGUUUCUCUACAACGAGCAUGAGAAGACUUUGUUGAGGUGUUGCUAUAAGGGAGACAGUUCGAAAAUCGUACAAACGCCAACUCCGGUGUGCGGUUUCCUCGACGACUACGCCUUCUUGAUCCGCGGUUUGCUCGACUUGUACGAGGCAUCUCUCGAUGCUGAUUGGUUAUCAUGGGCGGAAGUGCUCCAAGAGCAACAAGAUCGCCUCUUUUGGGACACUAAAGGUUCCGGUUAUUUCACAAGUCCUGAGAACGACUCGAGUAUAUUGAUUCGAGGCAAGGAAGAUCAAGACGGCGCUGAACCUUGCGGUAAUUCUGUUGCCGUUCACAAUUUAAUCCGCCUCUCCGCCUACUUGGACCGGGCGGAUUUGAGGGCAAAGGCCGGUCGGACGUUGACAGUCUUCGCCGAUCGGUUGAAAUCGAUUCCGGUGGCUUUGCCGGAAAUGACAUCAGCGUUGCUCUUCUAUCAUAAUUCACCAACUCAGGUUUUUAUAGCCGGACCGACGGAGGAUAACAACACUCAAGCGUUGCUAGAUGUGGUCAGGUCUAGGUUUAUACCUGGGAGGAUUUUAGCGGUGACUGAUGGACCAGGAGGGAGGGCCGGUUUGCUUUACCGCCGACAUGAAUCCUUGGCUAGGCUUAGGCCGAUCCACGGCAAACCGGCAGCUUAUGUUUGCCGGAAUUUUGCGUGCUCGUUGCCGGUUACCGAUCCGGAGGAUUUGGCGAGUAACCUGGAUGGGAAUUUGAGCGAAAUCCCCGGCACGAGCGAUGAUGAGUAAAUUUUUAGUUGGUUAAAUAAACAAGCGACCUGUAAUGGCAGAAAAAUUCUUGCAAGGCUUCAAGCCUAUAAAACCCUAGUCAUAAGUUUCCCGAUGUGUGAUAAUUGUAAAAUGCGGAUGUGAUACAAGGUUGUUUGAAUGAAUUUGUGGCUAUUGUAAAUAUUUUCUUUGAAAUAAAUUGGCAAUUGAA